UGUGUUCCUGCUGAAAGGGGAAACGAGUGGAAACGACGUGGGGUCUAGCUUCCCUUCGGAUCGAUAUAAGUCUAAAAUUGUACAUUUGAAAAGGUUCGUGUUGCCCGAGCAUCUGUUUUGGAACACUUCUCGGACAUGUCGUCGUUCAGGAAAGCGCUGAAAUCCCGGCAACGAAACCACCAAGAAAGAUCUCAGCCUGAAUUUAGGAAGCAUUUGGGCUUGCUGGAGAAGAAGAAAGACUACAAAAAGCGUGCCGAUGACUACCACAAGAAACAAAACACGCUCCUCGCUCUUCGCAAGAAGGCUUUGGAGAAGAAUCCGGAUGAGUUUUACUACCACAUGAUCAACUCGCAGCUGAAGGAUGGAGCCCACGUGAGCAAAAAGGGAAAAAAAGAAGAGGAGACGGAGGUGACAGAGGAGCAGAAGAAAGUGAUGACCACGCAAGACAUAAAAUACGUCGAGAUGAAGAGGCUUGCGGAAGUCAAGAAAAUUGAGAGGCUGAAAGGAAGUCUCCAUCUUCUGGAUGUAGUCAGCAAAAAGAAAAACAAGCACACUUUUUUUGUGGAUUCCAAAAAAGAAGUGCAGUCGUUCGACUUGUCUGACCACCUGAACACCGUCCCCGAGCUGGUCGACCGUGUGUACAACAGGCCCACGGUAGACACGCUGAGCAAAGCGCACGUCUUGGGAGCCGUGCAGCCUUGCGCCCAAAAGAAGCUGUCCAAGGAACGCAUGCAUGAGUACAUGCGUCUGUCCCAACGCAUCGACCGGGAGAAGAAAUUGUUUGUCAUCAGCCAGAAGCUUCAGAUGCGCCAGGACCUCCAGGAUAGAAACAAGAAGAUCAAAGUGAAGAAGGAGACGACAAACGCUCCGGCCAUCUACAAGUUUGAGACCAAGAGGAAACGCUGAGUUGAGACCAAGUUGACUCACGGUGGACCUUCUCCUUAGGCUCAUUUUGUACAUUCUUUUUUUUUUUUUUUUUUUUUUGUAUGUGCCAAAAUUAAAUAUUGAAAAUU